CUCCCGGGGGGCGGGGAGGCCCGGGCGCCGCGUUUCCGCGCAGCUCCGCCGGGUCGGAGCUGCAGGCUCGCACGCGGGUAGCCCCGGAGCCCCCCGACCGCGGGCCCCUCGCCAGCAACUUCCCCGCCCGGAGCCAGAUUUACGACCCCACCCCCGCCCCGGCUGCGCCUGGCGAUGCCAGGCCCGAGCGCCGCGCCGUAAAUGGAUCGCGGCGGGUGAGGCGGCGGCGGCGGCGGCCGGGCGGGCUCCGAGGCGGCGGGGUCGCGGUCCCCUAGGCUCCGCGCUGCGCCCGGGCGCACACGCGCGUCCUGACCGCGGGCUGCUCGCCGGCCGCGCACAGCCGCCCUCUCCCUGCCCUGCGCGCAACUGUCAGGAGAAAAACGGGCCGGCGCAUAUUGGCUCGGCGACACGCCGAGGCUCCUCCCCGAGUCUGGAUCCUUAUAUUUUGGGAGAAUUUCUUUGAACUCAGUUAGCGAGCUCGGGGAAGGAGGCAAGUUCCCACCGCCGGCUCGGCUCGGCGAGGGCUCGCCCACCUUCCCUGCAGCCGCCCUGCGUCCUCGCCGUCCUCCUCCCCCUCGGCCCGGCUGGAGGAGAACGCGCUGGCCGGCGGAGGAAAAUGCCAGCGAUCUGGAUGUAGCGCUGAAGAGAGGACGCGUGGCUAGAGGAGGCAGAGAGAUGAGGAACCCCAUUAUUUGAGAACCACCAGCCGCUCCAACCCUUCCUGCAAAUUGGUGCUAUCACUUCUGGGCUCCAUUUGCUUUUCUUCUUCCCAGCUACCCAUUAAGAAAUCUUGACUCGAGGACCAACCCCUACCAGGAGGGGGGACGCCUUCUGGGUUGGCAGACCUUUUGGAUGUAGCCUUGUGCGAACAUUUAGACCCUUUUCUCUGGAAGAGCCACCAUGAAUUCGGUAGCUGGAAAUAAAGAGAGGCUUGCGGUCUCCACCAGGGGCAAGAAAUACGGGGUAAACGAAGCGUGCUCGCCCACCAAGCCCGCUGCGCCCUUCUCGCCCGAGAGCUGGUACCGCAAGGCAUACGAGGAGUCUCGCACAGGGGGCCGGCCCACCCCCGAGGGCGCGGGUUCUGCGCUCGGCUCGUCCGGUACCCCGUCCCCGGGCUCGGGCACCUCAUCCCCGAGCUCCUUCACUGGUUCCCCUGGCCCCGCGUCUCCGGGCAUCGGUACCAGUUCUCCGGGAUCCCUGGGCGGCUCGCCGGGCUUCGGCACUGGAUCCCCGGGCUCGGGGAGCGGCGGCGGCUCCUCCCCCGGCUCGGACCGCGGCGUCUGGUGCGAGAACUGCAACGCCCGCUUGGUGGAGCUGAAGAGGCAAGCUCUCAAGCUGCUGCUGCCGGGACCCCUCCCGGGCAAGGACCCUGCUUUCUCUGCGGUGAUUCACGACAAACUCCAGGUCCCUAAUACCAUCAGGAAGUCAUGGAAUGACCGAGACAACCGCUGUGACAUUUGUGCCACACACCUGAACCAGCUAAAGCAGGAAGCCAUCCAAAUGGUGCUCACCUUGGAGCAGGCCGCAGGCAGCGAGCACUAUGACGCCUCUCCGGGCUCACCCCCUCCAAUCUCCAGCAUUCCCACACUGGUGGGGUCCCGGCACAUGGGUGGUCUCCAGCAACCCAGGGAGUGGGCCUUUGUGCCUGCCCCCUAUGCCACCUCUACCUACACAGGCCUUGUCAACAAACACAGUGGCAAACCCAACAGCCUUGGAGUCAGCAACGGCGCAGAAAAGAAGAGUGGAUCCCCAACCCACCAGGCCAAGGUCAGCCUCCAGAUGGCCACCAGUGCCAGCAAUGGGAACAUCCUUAAUUCGGUGGCCAUUCAGGCUCACCAAUAUCUGGAUGGCACCUGGUCCCUUUCAAGAACCAAUGGGGUUACCCUGUACCCCUACCAGAUCUCCCAGCUGAUGACAGAGACGGGCAGAGAGGGACUGACAGAAUCGGCGCUGAACCGCUACAAUGCAGACAAGCCUGCAGCCGGCAGUGUCCCUGCCUCACAGGCCUCCUGUGUGGCCAGCGAGACUUCCACCGGUACCUCGGUGGCUGCUUCCUUCUUUGCACGAGCUGCCCAGAAGUUAAAUCUGUCAUCCAAGAAGAAGAAACACCGGCCUUCAACUCCAUCUGCUGCAGAGGCUCCCCUGUUUGCUACCAGCUUCAGCGGGAUCCUGCAGACCUCACCUCCCCCAGCCCCACCCUGUCUCCUCAGGGCUGUCAACAAGGUGAAGGACACUCCUGGCAUGGGCAAGGUGAAAGUCAUGCUCCGCAUCUGUUCCGCAUCAGCUCGAGAGACCUCCGAAUCCAGCUCUUUCCUGAAGGUGGACCCUCGGAAGAAGCAGGUCACCCUGUAUGACCCCCUGACGUGUGGAGGUCAGAAUGCCUUCCAGAAGAGAGGCAGCCAGGUUCCCCCCAAGAUGUUUGCCUUUGAUGCCGUUUUCCCACAAGAUGCUUCUCAGGCCGAAGUGUGUGCUGGGACGGUGGCCGAGGUAAUCCAGUCUGUGGUGAACGGGGCAGAUGGCUGUGUGUUCUGUUUUGGCCAUGCCAAGCUGGGGAAAUCCUACACCAUGAUUGGAAGGGACGACUCCAUGCAGAACCUGGGCAUCAUUCCAUGCGCUAUCUCUUGGCUGUUCAAGCUUAUCAAUGAGCGUAAAGAAAAGACGGGGGCCCGGUUCUCAGUCCGCAUCUCAGCUGUUGAGGUCUGGGGGAAAGAGGAGAACCUUCGAGACCUGCUGUCUGAGGUGGCCACGGGCAGCCUACAGGACGGACAGUCCCCAGGCGUGUACCUCUGUGAGGACCCCAUCUGUGGCACACAGCUGCAGAACCAGAGUGAGCUGCGGGCCCCCACUGCAGAGAAAGCUGCCUUCUUCCUGGAUGCUGCCAUUGCCUCGAGACGAAGCAACCAACAGGACUGUGAUGAGGAAGACCACCGUAACUCCCACAUGCUCUUCACCCUGCACAUCUACCAGUACCGGAUGGAGAAGAGUGGGAAGGGCGGAAUGUCUGGAGGUCGCAGUCGCCUACAUCUCAUUGAUCUGGGCAGCUGUGUGAAAGCGCUCAGCAAAAAUCGAGAAGGAGGCUCGGGGCUGUGCCUCUCGCUGUCUGCUCUGGGCAACGUCAUCCUGGCUCUUGUCAAUGGCAGUAAACACAUCCCAUACAAGGAGAGCAAGCUCACCAUGCUUCUGAGGGAGUCUCUGGGGAAUGUGAACUGUCGCACCACCAUGAUCGCGCACAUCUCGGCUGCAGCUGGCAGCUAUGCGGAGACCCUGUCCACCAUCCAGAUCGCAUCAAGAGUCUUGCGGAUGAAGAAGAAGAAGACUAAGUACACGUCAAGCUCCUCUGGGGGAGAAAGCUCCUGCGAGGAGGGCAGGAUGCGCAGGCCUACCCAGCUGAGACCCUUCCAUGCCCGGGCUUCGGUGGAUCCUGAGUUCCCUCUUGCUCCGCUGUCCAGUGACCCUGACUACUCCUCCAGCAGCGAGCAGUCCUGUGACACUGUCAUAUACAUCGGGCCCAACGGCACAGCCCUGUCCGACAAGGAGCUCACCGACAACGAGGGCCCCCCAGACUUUGUACCCAUCGUGCCAGCCCUGCAGAAGACCAGGGGUGACAGCCGCCCUGCGGAGGCAGCAGAGGCUGCAGCCGACAAAUCGGAGAGGGACUGUCUGAAGUGCAAUACGUUUGCCGAGCUGCAAGAAAGACUAGACUGCAUCGACGGCAGCGAAGAGCCCAACACGUUUCCCUUCCAAGAGCUGCCCAUCCAGUUCGGGCCAGAGCAGGCAGCCAGGUGUGUUUCCUUAAGCCAAGCAGCAGGGCCAGAUGCACUCUCUGAGUCUGAUAAGGAAGAUAACGCAUCAGACAAUGGCCAGCUGGGCACCGACAGGGAAAGCGGCACGGAGCUUCCGGCUCCCAAGGUGCAGCAGCAGAAUCGGUCCCCGGUGCCUACUGUGACUGGCAGCAGCAGCCCCAGCCCUGCCUCGCCUCGGAGCAUCCCAGGCAGCAGUAGCCAGCACAGUGCCUCCCAGCUCACACAGAGCCCCAGUCUCCAGAGCAGCCGGGAGAGUCUGAACUCGUGUGGCUUCGUGGAGGGCAAGCCCAGACCCAUGGGCUCCCCACGGCUGGGCAUCGCCAGUCUGUCCAAGACCUCAGAGUACAAGCCCCCCAGCUCUCCCUCCCAGAGGUGCAAAGUCUACACCCAGAAGGGGGUCCUGCCUUCCUCGGCUCCACCACCAUCCCUGAGCAAGGACUCUGGCAUGGUGUCCAGUGAGUCCUUGCUUCAGCCUGAUGUGCGUACUCCCCCAGUGGGAAUGAGUCCCCAGGUUUUGAAGAAAUCCGUGUCUGCUGGGAGUGAAGGGUUUCCCGGAACUCUGGUCGAAGAUGAGCACCAGGAAGGUCCUCCUGCAGACUCGAAGAAAGAGAUUCUGAGCACCACGAUGGUGACUGUGCAGCAGCCACUGGAGCUGAAUGGGGAGGAUGAGCUGGUAUUUACACUAGUGGAGGAGCUGACCAUCAGCGGGGUGUUAGACAGCGGCCGCCCCACCAGCAUCAUCAGCUUCAACAGUGACUGCUCCGUGCAGGCCCUGGCCUCAGGCUCUCGGCCCGUCAGCAUCAUUAGCAGCGUCAGUGAAGAUCUGGAAUGUUACUCCAGCAUGGCACCCGUCUCGGAGGUGAGCAUCACACAGUUCCUGCCGCUCCCCAAGCUGGGCCUGGACGAGAAGGCGCGGGAAGCGGGCAGCCGGCGCUCUUCCAUCAGUUCCUGGCUGAGUGAGAUGAGCGCGGGCAGUGACGGUGAGCAGUCAUGCCACAGCUUCAUAGCGCAGACAUGCUUCGGGCAUGGGGAAGCCAUGGCAGAACCCCCGGCCUCGGAGUUCGUCAACACCAUCCAGAACACCGCUGUGGUGUGCAGAGAGAAGCCCGAGGUGGGCUCUGACAAUCUGCUCAUCUUGUCCGAGAUGGGGGAAGAAUCUGUCAACAAAGCCACUCCCAUCAAAGGCUGUAAAAUCUCCACACUGGGCAAGGCCAUGGUCACCAUCUCCAACACUGCCAACCUGAGCAGCUGCGAAGGCUACAUCCCCAUGAAGACCAACAUCACCGUUUACCCCUGCAUUGCCAUGAGCCCCCGAAAUGUGCAAGAGCCCGAGUCCUCCACGGCCACCCCAAAGGCAGCCCCCAAAUCAGCCCAGUCCCAGGAAAGCAAGGACGCCAGUGUAAGAAGAGAGAUGAAAUUUGAAGACCCCUGGCUAAAACGAGAAGAAGAGGUGAAAAAGGAGAACGCUUACCCUGGGCAGGAAGGAGCUAGGUGUGAGACUGCCCCAAGCUCCCUGACGACUGAAGUUAAGUCAGAGCAGGAGCAGAGUGGCAGGCCCAGCUCAGGGGACAGGCUGAGCAACAGCAGUGGAGAGGCCUCUGCCUUUCAGGUGACUGACAACAUUAGGAGGGUUGUGGAUGGCUGUGAGAUGGCCCUGCCCGGCUCGGUGACCCAGAGUCCGCUACAUUCCAACAAAAAUCUAAAGUCAAGCAGCCUCCCGAGGGCAUUUCAGAAAGCUGACAGGCACGAGGCACUGGACAACUUCUACCAUUGCCUGGCGGACAGCAAUGGCUUCAGUGGGACGCUGGGCAUCCAGUCCUCGAAGACUACCCUGGAGAGGAAGGUAGCUUCACCCAAGCAUUGUGUCUUGGCACGGCCCAAAGGGACACCACCUCUGCCUCCUGUCCGCAAGUCUAGCUUGGACCAGAAGAACAGGGCUAGCCCUCAGCACAGCGGCGGCAGCAGCAGCACCAGCAGCCCCCUGAACCAGCCAGCUACCUUCUUGGCUUGCUUCCCUGAUGAGUCCAACAGCAAGACUAAGGAUGCCAGUAGCAGCAGUAAGCUCUUCAGCGCCAAGCUGGAGCAGCUGGCCAGCAGAACCAACUCUCUUGGCAGGACAACAGUCAGCCACUAUGAAUGCUUGUCCCUGGAAAGGGCAGAAAGCCUGUCAUCCGUGAGCUCCCGCAUGCAUGCCAGCAAAGACAGCACCAUGCCUCGCACUGGCAGGAGCCUGGGUCGCAGCGCAGGGGCCUCACCACCCAGCUGUGGCAUCACCCAGUCUGCAGGGGCCUCUCCCAAGGCCAGCCAGUCUAAGAUCUCGGCAGUAAGCAAACUCCUGCUGGCCAGUCCCAAAUCCCGCAGCCUGUCCACCUCGACCACCAAAACCCUCAGCUUCUCCACCAAGUCCCUGCCGCAGUCUGUGGGCCAGAGUUCCAACCUGCCACCCAGCGGAAAGCACAUGUCCUGGUCCACCCAGUCGCUCAGCAGAAACCGGGGCUCCGGGCUGGCUUCCAAACUGCCCCUGCGAGCCGUCAACGGGCGCAUUUCCGAGCUGCUGCAGGGCAGUGCGGGCCCGAGGGGCGCACAGCUGCGGGCAGAGGCAGAGGAGCGAGGUGGAGCUCCCACGGAGGACAAGCCUUCCGCCGCCCACUUGCUGCCCUCACCCUACAGCAAGAUCACCCCUCCCCGGAAGCCUCACCGCUGCAGCAGCGGGCAUGGUAGCGACAACAGCAGUGUGCUGAGUGGGGAGCUGCCACCUGCCAUGGGGAAGACGGCCUUGUUCUACCACAGCGGUGGCAGCAGCGGCUAUGAGAGUAUGAUGAGGGACAGCGAGGCCACCGGCAGUGCAUCCUCGGCCCAGGACUCCAUGAGUGAGAACAGCAGCUCGGUUGGAGGGAGGUGCAGGAGCCUCAAGACCCCGAAGAAGCGGUCCAAUUCAGGUUCUCAGAGGCGGAGGCUCAUUCCGGCAUUGUCCCUCGAUACCCCCUCACCUGUUAGAAAAACUGCCAGCAGCACAGGGGUCCGCUGGGUGGACGGCCCCCUGAGGAACACCCAGAGGGGCCUUGGGGAACCUUUUGAGAUUAAAGUCUAUGAAAUUGAUGAUGUGGAGCGUCUGCAGCGACGUAGAGGGGGCACCAGUAAGGAGGUCAUGUGCUUCAACGCCAAGCUAAAAAUCCUGGAGCAUCGGCAGCAGAGAAUCGCCGAGGUCCGAGCCAAGUACGAGUGGCUGAUGAAGGAGCUGGAAGCAACCAAACAGUACCUGAUGCUGGACCCCAACAAGUGGCUUCGUGAAUUUGACUUGGAACAAGUCCUGCAGCUGGAUUCUCUGGAGUACCUGGAGGCACUGGAGGGCGUGACAGAGCGCCUGGAGAGCCGUGUCAACUUCUGCAAGGCACAUCUCAUGAUGAUCACCUGCUUUGACAUCACCUCCAGGCGCCGAUAAGGACCACUGGGUUCCAAGCCAUCAGUCCCUCACUCCCUAGGACUUCAACAGGACACCACCCUCCAAGGCCCUCUGUGCUGGCAGCACUCAAGACGCAGGAUGCGGAUGAAGGUUGGUGGCAAGUCUGGAGUGAGCGAGGAGCGAAAGGCGAUGUUUCCUUUGUUCUCUGUGGGGAAGAAAGGUAAAGACACCAACAUGUGGAAGGAAGAAAUGAUGGGAAAACCCGCGGGACUGAGAAAGCACUUUGAGGAACCUGGAAGGUCUCUGUACAUUAGGGCCGCUAGCAGAGACUCUUAGCUUGGGGUUGUGAGGAAGGGGAGGGUGACGUGGGAUUGCCAUUGAAAGCAAAACACCAACAAGACGACCCAGAAUGAUGGAUUAAGUGCCUUGCAAAUCUUUAUGAUUAUCCAAACAUUUGUGUUCAUACUUUCUUGCGUCCAGAUGGUGCUAGUCAAGAAGAAAUCAACAAAACCGAAAACUCAAGCCCAGUUUUUGAAAUGUAUCUACAGCUCGUUUUCUCUUGGUUCUGACUUGCUGUUUGUUCCUAAGAAGCUGUGUUUGUAGUGAUAUUUCCUAAUCAGUAUUGCAGCUGAAUAAAUGUUAACUGUCUUUCAUGGUUAUUCUGGUAAGGCCACUCAGAACAUGGAAACUGCAUUGGCAUGAGCCAGCGUGAUUCCCAGGGAGGUUUAGAAGGGCAGGGGACAGGAGAUGUCACCUUCCGUGAGCAGCAGGUCAGCCAACAGCUCCAUGGUCACGCAUAGAAUGGGUGCACAUGAGCUUUAGUGAGGAGGAGGGAUGUCUUUAAGGGGAAGUGCAUCCAGGUGACCUGGGCCCGUGUUCUUGUUUGUUUCAUGGAUCUGUGAUCCUCAAAACAAGUUCAUGUUCCUUUCCAGUCCAAAGCCUGUGGAUGGACAUCUUGAAUGGCUUCAGUAGAUGCUGUCUAUUUGUCUUCAUGUUCUGUGGUGUUAUUUAUCCAAGGUGGAGGUUGUCUGUUGUUGAGACUCUCUUGGGCUGCUUACAUGGGUUCAGAGACUUGACAUCCAUUUUGGAAAAGGAGGCUUGGGGUUAGGGUUGCAUAGCUUUCUGUCACCGAGGGCCCUGUCCACUAGUAAGAGGUCAGCUCUCAACCUGUCCUAAAACCUCUGAAGCUCGUCCCUGAAGCUGUGGUAUCCUGAGGCAGAGAGAGGAAACACAUCCCCAAAUUCCGGAACCCUGGAUAUGCAGGGCAGGGCUAAAUGAAUGGAGAGACCGAGAUCUUGCUCCCCCCUAAAACUGAGGACUUCAUUCUCAAAUUACUCCCCUCCCACAGGAUUGUUGAACCAUGUUAGGGAUACAGGCCUGCGGCAUGGGAUGACCAGGCUUCCGCUGACCACAGGCUGCUGGAACAACCCAGCAUCCGGGGAGAAUGGAGAAUUCUCCGCUCUCCCAGAGCCGAUGCAGCCCGCCUGUGCAUAUACAUGCUCAGGGUUUGGAAAGAGGGCUCUGCAUCCCUGCCCUCCCACCAACCAACUCCUCAAUGCCAGACGCUCCCAAAGAGAAAGACUUUUGUAUUUCUAGGUCAGCCCUCGCUCUGGCCACAUGUACCCCAGCCCAGCACGGUAUGUCCCAGCAGAACUCACUGCACAGGACCUGAAGUCAUGUGAGUGCCAUGGCACCUGACCCUUUACCCAGAACAGGGCACAGAUGAGACCACCAGCAUGACUGUACUACAGGUCAGCUCUGUGGACCAAAGGUCAGUCUCAUGGGUCACAAGUCCUGCUUUGCACAUUCCUAGGAGUUGAUGCUUAAGAAAAAGGGUCCCAAGCUGCUGGUUGAAUGGUCUAAGCUCUGGAAUAGCCCAUCCGCUCUUCGUGCAUCCUACAACUUUAACAAGUAUGUCUCCUGGGGAAGCAGGGCCUCCCCAGAUCUUCCACAGCUCCUCCUCAGGGCCAUUCUGCAGGAGUCCUGGGCUCAGGGCCGACCUCAGCCUUGUAACACAUGUGUGCACGGACCUUCUUAACAACAAUGUUCUUGGAAGCUCUGGACCCGUAGGGAUGCCAAUACUACGAACAUCUGUUUUGAUUGGUGGUUUGAAAUGUACUUCUGUGUUUUGUUUUUCACAAAAGGUCUUGGUUUGGGAAAGUUUUUAAAAGUGAGCAUGUCUGGAUUUCUUUUCCCUGCACGAGAGCGAAUUCAUUUGAUUAGUAAUCUGUGAGCUUGGCUUUGGUCCCUGCUGCCUUUUCCCUUAAUCCUGAGGUCAUCAGGCCCCAGUGAAUCCUUUAGUGGGCCACCAACAGAGCCCAGUACCUUUGCUGGAGUGAGAUCAUGCUGACUCGUCCAUAGAGAGCAGACCCUCCUUCAGAAGGUUCUCUUGGGGAAGUAGACUUCGGUUGCCUCCCGUGCAGACCUGUUUGCAUGCAUUCCAAGUAACUUCAUGCUGCAGCAGCAAUGGCUUAGCAAUGGUACUAGGGUUCCUUUACCAAGCCAGGUUAGCUUCCAAAGAGGUCACAACCACAUGGCAAAGCAUCCCAUGGGAUCCAACAGGCUGUGGUGCAUGGAGAUAUUUGUGUGAAAUAGUGUACAUCUCUUGUUCAUUCUCAUAACUUGUCCCCCUCCAAAGUAAACUGCAAGCAUCUUAAUCUACCACAUUGCAUUAUCUUAACUGAUAGCUUGUGGAGAACCCCUGCAUCCCAUGAUGCACCUGUUCCCUGCCCUGCCUUUAAUCUGCCUGUGGGAAUACAGAACUUUAGGCACAAAGAAGUAGUCCUAACAUCUGAAGACAGUGCCAGUGGGAAGUGGUUCCAGAUUUGGGUUGGAAAAAAACAAAACAAACAAAGAAAAAAUCCAAGAGGGCAAAAGGGAUGUCAAGGAACUUACUUCUACUUGAUUAUCUGUCUACAGAAAGGCUGGAAUCAUUCUUUUUAAUAUUAAUAUUUAGAGACAUAUGUCUUACUUAAAUUCUGCCCAUUUUCCCCAACUCUAGCCCUGCUUCAAAGAAUUAAUGUGAGGUAGAAGCAGCCAGGUAAACCUGAAAAAAAAAUCUGAGUACAAAUCUGAGACAGGGACAUCAUUCUCCCAGGAGGAAACCCUUAGUUCAUCUCCCCGGGGUGUCGGGGAGGGGUUGCUUCUCCCAGGGAGCCUGCAUUUGCUUUGUCUUGGUUUUCAACACCCACCUAAGAGCUGGAAGCUUUGGUCUUUUCCUUGAACCCUCCUGGACACCCCGUGAGGCUGUCUUUCACUUUCAUCUCUGCAGAGUUGAAACUGGCAUGUGUGGUUUCAACUCCAAUUGCUGCUCUGAACAUGGGAAACAUAGGACGCAAAUGCCGAGGUGGGUGCCCUAGUGACAGAGCAACGACCCGAGCGAUGACCUCUAGAGGUAGAAGGGCUCCUGAGCUAGAGGCUGGGGUAAGGACCACCACACAGGCCCAGAAAAGAGGCAGAAAACAUGCUCAUCGGGCAGAAACCAGGUCCCAUUUGUCGUGGAUAUCAGCUUAAGCUUGGAGUCUAGAGUCCAGGAAGGAUCACUCGUGCCGUGUGCCGUCAAAAGGACGUACACACUCAGUCUGUGCUUGCUGCACCGGCUACGAGGGGCGUGGACCUCACCUCCCCAGGGACAGCCACCUUCUCUGCUCUUCAUAUUCUCGUGCCCCUCAUUAAUCUGAGCUCACUCAUAAGCCUUCCUGUAAGACUUGUAUUUCGAACCUGCCGUCUGCCCUUGACUUCCUGGUAGAGAAGGUGGGUUGCCAAAAGUCCACCAUUUGCACUGUGCAAACAUGGCCUUUGCUGAUCGGUAAUUGAGCCCAAAGUGAAUGUUUUUUUGGGUUCCUUGUUCCACCAAGAAUUCUAGUCUGUAAAAGAAAUUACUAAGCACCAGUUCCUUCCCAAAUUGAAAACAGAUUUCCGGAAUGUUGUUCUUUCCUUGGACAUAAUACAAAAAUAUUUCCUCCCUUUUAGGGUAGUUUAUCUUUGAAACCCAAAGCCAGUGCCCAUUAGACACAGGUUGAAAAUCCUGUGUUCCACAAGUUGAUGCUGACUAAGACAUCCACUGUCAUUGUCCCUGGAGCCUCCCUGCCACUGCCUAGCAUCAUGGCCGGGCUUUCUGCAUUGAGAGAGGUGCCCUCAGUGCUAACACAUGUGUGACAGCACCGCAGGGGAGGGGUCGGCACGGCUCGCUCUUCUCCAUGCCAAGUUAAACUGCUGAGGGCAAGUUUCACAGACAUGGGUCUACUCUAUUUUUUUCUGUUUUUUUGAAGUGAUAGAAACACAGUGUUCUUUUAUAUUAUACAGAGUACCACUCCCCUCUUCUGAACAAAUGUCUGUAACCACUUUACAACAUUACACAGCUGUUUGUAAAACAAUGCAUAAACUGCAUCCUUUAGCAAUCUCCUAGUGUGUCAUCCGGAACAUACCCUGAAAUGACAAAUUCUGCAUUAUUUUCAUAAGAGUAAAAGCAGAAUUCUAACACAAGAAACUCUUAAAUCCAAUAUAUCCUCUCCAAAAAAAAGUUUUUUGAAAAAUCCUGCGAGUUAAUUUAUUGGUCCCUAAACACAUUCUACUUAGGGGUGGACCUAUUCGAAACCUGAGCUGAUGUCACAACAGUGUGGCACUGUGGGUAGGCCCAAGCCUAACAUUCUCCACAUACAGCAAUUCCGGGUGCCACAGUUGUGGGAGUGAGCGUUUCGAUCCCAGAGUCAUGCAUUUGUUCUAUGCACACUUAGAAUGACCUUUCCCCAAGGAGUCUUCCCAUCUCUGUUCCCCACAGCCAGGCUUGACUUACAGAGACAUUCCCACUGACUUACAACCUCAGAACGCUGUCCUGUAGCACCGCUUGCAUUUCUGGAUCUCUUUACGCAUCGUGUUCAAGAAUGCCCUCCACGUGCUCUGUCGCGGUGUGUGCUUGCUCCAUCUCUGUCUUUCUCUUCUGUUUUCUUUACUCCAGCAAAGUCUAUUGGCAGCGUCCUGGGCCAGGGAAGGGAGGAUGGAUACCGACGGGGGUGGGGAUCUCCUCCUCCGACUGCAGAGCUGUGCUUGGCUGGCUCUCUGAGACAAAGUUCUUCCUUCCCAGUUGGCAUGGUGGUGAAGUCGGGAAGCGGGUUCCAUGGACCUCAGUAGCAGAGGAUCCAGCCUCCUCCAGCUGGGUCUCCACACAGCCCCUGAGGAAAGUCCUGACAGUGUUAACUUCUACCCAUCCCCAAGAUCCCCAAGAGGUCCUGGCCUUGGAUAGAUGUUGUAGCUAUCUGUUUGUUAAAGAAACCAAAGCACUUUAGUGAGUCUUACAACCUGUAAUACUUAUGGCAUGUGUCCCCUCGCUGGAUCUCUGAGAGGCAGAGAGGGGAUUGGGCCAGUAGUCUCAUUUGAGAGGCAGCUAGAAUGAGGAGGGAAACCCUGGAGCUAGGAGGCAGGGAGCCGGGGCCGCAGCUGGUGCUGUCACUAGCAUAAACCUUGGGUGGGCUGCUGCAUUUUGCUGGGCCUCGGGUCCCCUGUAGACAGUGUGUCGGGGAGUCAUAAAAGCUGCCCUCCUGGGCUAGUAUAAAAGGAAAGGAACUGUGUAAUUGGUGGGACACGGUUUGAAGAAAUGAGACGCUCUCUCCAGGGUAGGGGGGAUCAUAUAUAGAUGAAGAAACUGACAUCAAUGGUCACUAACGGGCCCAGUCCACAGAAGGGUCUCAUAGCAGGUCUGGGACAUGAGCCCAGACACCUGGGCUCUCUCUUAGACCACCUUGCACCCAGAGUGUGUACACGAUCACACGACGCUCCUCUGUGCCAGUAUGUGGACAUUAUGGGUGUGUCUGUACAGAGGGUGUGUAACACAGACGAACAGCAUAAGACAAAGGCCCCGAGGCUAAUUCUGUUUUCAACAGUAGACCUACCUGUUGCCUGCGACACAAGCAACUCUUCCGGAACUCGGAUUUUCUAAGUUGUAAAAUGAGGACAUUGUGGUACAAGGUCUUUGCGGUUCUUCCAGCUCUGACUAUGAGAAUCCACGAUGAGUGAUGUAUGUAUGUAUAUAUCGAUAUGCUUAUCUGUAGAAAUGGGCCCACUGGGAAAUUGGAGACAGGCCUGCCUAAGUACAUUGAUGGUGUCAGAAUCGGCAACUUCACAAGUCCAUGAGCCUUCGUUUUAAAAGUCGAUGGUGGCAUUUAUAGUCAUUGUUUCAAAGUCACUGUUUACCUGGAUAGAGGAUUGGUGCUGUUUUAGAAAUUAAGUUCUUAGCUCGCAAGUGUUUGCUGUUAAUUUUUUAAACACAGUUAUUUGUUCAAUAGUCAAAAUUUUAACUCUUCUGCCUUGGGCAGGUCCCCAAUAGCCCGUUUGCAGGCUGGGUUUUUGUGUAUGGGCUUUUACAUAACUAUCUAAAAUUUAGCUGUUGGCUUGAUCAUGGUAAAUAUGAACAGAUUGCCUGGAGAACAGUCCAGAAAAGAAUUGAAUUCUAUAGUUCUCAUCAGCUGGUGACAUGAAAAUCAUUAAGCUAUGUGCGAUUUCCUGGUGUGAAGAUGUUGUUUGCUGGCUACGGUCUCUGACUUUGUGGCAUAUGAAGUAUAAAAUGUUGUAAAAAAAAAAUCUGGUGUUUAAAAGAAUCAAACUAUGGUGGCAUUAAAUGUUCACUUUUAUCUA